AUGGCUGAACAAACAACCAAGAAAGAGCUGUUGGUGGAGUUGGAGUUGGAAAGUGCGGUGCUGGAAAUGGUCCGAAACAAGGAGCAAGAAGAGUAUGAGGAGGAGGUGAUGAAUUUAGAAGCAAGUAUAAACGAAUCGAGGGAAGAAUACCUCGUAACUGCCCGGGAAAACGAACGGAUCAGAAGAAAAGAUGAUCUUGUAAUAGAAAGAAAUAAACAUUAUAUAGAAGCAUUAAUUCAACAGGAUGUUGCGGAUAUUACUUAA